AUUUUUGCAGGACAAUGUGUGCAUUUACGUUCAUUUGAUAUUUUACUUGUGAUUAAACGAAAAAAAAUUAGAAUUGUAUUAGUAAAUCUAAUUUUCUUUAUUUUGAUCUUUAAAGUCACACCUCAUUCUAUAUGCGGGUAAAUACGGUAAACUAUGAAUAUGACUGUGUUCCUAAUUCCACCUUUGCAAUUUUACAAUUUAUUUCUCACGUGCACCUUCAAUGUUUGCCUGUAUUCGUCAUUUCUAGAGGGCCUUCUCUUGUAGGAAAUCCUUCUCUAUUAGCUAUUAGUUUUUGGGGUUUUUUUUGGUGAGCCAGAGGUCAGUUUCCUCACAUUUGGUCAGCCAGCUUGUCCUUGAAACUUAGUACCUAGAGAUAAGUAGGACAAGAGUCAAAAAGAGUGCAAUUAAAGCAAAAUUAGUUUUAUUUUUUAAACUGUUUUAAAGUACAGUGCACAUUCCUAAUCCUGUUCGAACAGUAGAGUUGUGGUCUAUUGACCAUUAGUGCAAAGUAAUCAAAAAUUAGUCAUCUCAGUCAGAAAUCAGAUAAUACUAAGAAUAUUUUAAAAUGUAUUUUUAUUUUCUCUGGAAGAUCUCACUCAAAUGCAAGUUGAUUCUAGCUUUAUUUAUUUUUUUACUAUUGAAGGAGUAUAGUUUCCCUUCUCCUAUUGAUUUAUUUGUUUACAGUAAUGCCACAAAUGGGUGAUCUGUCAAGGGGAUGCCUUGUGGGAGGUCUUUCUAUGGGAAAUUGGCCCUAUUUAGGUGUUAGAUAAGUGAAGAAAAUGUGAAUCUAGUCCAGCUUGUUGGUCGGGAGUAAACCCAUGACCACUUAUAAAAUAAAUUUUAAAAUUUGUUAUUGCAUAAUUCGUUUCAAAUCUGAGUUAUCAGACUCAUGAAUAAAAACAAUACUAAAUUUUAAUAAAAUUUUCUUUAUUUUUUAUGUUAAUACAUUGUGACCACAAUGCACAAUAAUCUGGCAUUUGAAAUUAUUAAAAAUUGCAAAUUGUUUGUCUUUCUAGAGUCCGAGAAUGGAAGAAAGACUGAGAGAGACAAAUGAAAGAGAAUUGAGGAGUAUGGACAAGUUCAGAGAAGAAGGAGAAAGGGGAGGCAGCAGAGAGAAGAUGUCAACAGAGAGAGUUCAUGUCCGGGAGACGGAAUCGGUAGAAAAAUUGAAAGCUAAAGACAAAGAGAAGAAAGCUACAAGGAAAAGAGACCAUUCCGAUGACAGCAGUGGCGAAACUAAAAGGAGAAAAGACGAAGAUCAAGGCGUAAAGCAAUCAACAAAACGUAAUGGAGAUAGUGAAAUAAGAGAAAGAGAGAGGCAUAGGAGGGAAGAAAGUCCUCCAAAAGUAUACGAGAGAAGAGAAAGAAGAUCUGAACGGGAGGAAAAGAAACAUCAUCGAUCGAGUACAUCAGCUGCUGUGGCAGCAUCCGUCAAGAGGAGAUCCUGAAGUGCGAACGCUUCUGUCUGUUUUGUAGAAAACUAAAUCACCACCCCGUGCCUCCACAUUUAGUCUUUUAUAACUAAGG